UUCACUGAGAUGGGCUCGAUAGUCGUGAAGGCAGGUUUAAGCCAAUCAGAAACGUGGAAUUGUACCCUUUGAAGUUAAGACUAUAAACGUGGUGGUGUUUCCAACAAGGUAUAUUUUUCGUCAAGUAUUUGCACGGAAAGGGUUAUUCGUCAUGAGGCCUUGUCUGGCGGUAUUCGCAAUGUGCUUUAGUGCAGCGUUUGCUGCACCAAGGCUGGACCGCGAGCUAGACCCUCACUGGGAGCAAUGGAAGGGUUGGCACAAUAAAAUGUACCAUGAGAAGGAAGAAGGCUGGAGAAGAAUGGUGUGGGAGAAGAACUUGAAGAAGAUUGAAUUGCACAACCUUGAACACUCAAUGGGCAAACACACUUAUCGCCUUGGAAUGAACCACUUUGGUGACAUGACCCAUGAGGAGUUCAGGCAGUCUGUGAAUGGCUACAAGCACACAAAGGAGAGAAGGCCCAGUGGGUCUCUCUUUAUGGAGCCCAACUUCAUGGUUCCCCCAGCCCAGCUGGACUGGAGGGAGAAAGGAUACGUUACCCCUGUCAAAGACCAGGGACAAUGCGGUUCCUGCUGGGCCUUCAGUACCACGGGCGCCAUGGAGGGACAGUUGGUCCGGAAAACUGGCAAGCUGGUGUCCCUGAGCGAGCAGAACCUGGUGGACUGCUCCCGACCCGAGGGUAAUGAGGGCUGCAAUGGCGGUCUGAUGGACCAGGCGUUUCAGUACAUCAAGGACAACGGUGGCCUGGACUCUGAGGAGUCCUACCCUUAUGUUGGAACCGAUGAUCAGCCCUGCCACUAUGAUCCCAAGUACAGUGUGGCUAAUGACACUGGCUUUGUGGACAUCGCCAGUGGAAAGGAGCAUGCUCUGAUGAAGGCAGUGGCUGCAGUCGGUCCAGUCUCUGUGGCCAUCGAUGCAGGACAUGAGUCCUUCCAGUUUUACCAGUCAGGCAUUUACUAUGAGAAGGACUGCAGCAGUGAAGAUCUGGACCACGGGGUCCUGUUGGUCGGCUAUGGUUUCGAGGGAGAAGAUGCAGUUGGCAAAAAGUACUGGAUCGUGAAGAACAGCUGGAGUGAGAAAUGGGGAGACCAGGGAUACGUCUACAUGGCCAAGGACCGACACAACCACUGUGGUAUUGCUACAGCUGCUAGCUACCCGCUGGUCUAACGAGAACACUCCCAUUCUGUCAAGAUGGGCUCAAGAGUACCAUGGUGUUGAGUGGUCCAGUCAUUCAGUUCACUACUGUGAGAUGUUCCUCACCGCUGCUCGAUAAAGAGCACUGGCAGUGCAAUGGAAAGCUAUUUGACUGUAGGAAAUGUAAUACAAUGCAACCUGUAAUGGGCUAGAGUGGCAAUGUAAGCCUUUGUGUACUGUAGGGUUUAUUUUUAAUGAAUUUUAGUGAAUUUAUGCAAUUGUUUUAUUGACUUUUGUUUUGGCUGCUUCAUGUAAAUACCUUUUUAAUUUUGCAGAGGUCAUUUGCCAAAUGUAAAAUGCUCUUUCCUACCUUCAUGAUCAAUUAAAGGAAGAUUGCAAUUUG